GAGAAUCAUAAGCGCUAGAACUGCAGAGGGAGGGUCAGCAAAUUAGUAUAAGGAGCUCCAGAGAUACUGGACCACAGAAACCAAAGCCAUAGACAGAACUCAAACCGAAUUAAUCAUGCUGCACCCCUUUAUGAUCGCUAUCUUGACCAUCAACACCUGUAUUUCUAUUAUAUACUGGAUCUACAUCCUGACCCAAGCCUUUUACAAGGGGACUGAGGAUGAGUCCAAAUCAAAGGAGAGCCCAUCAUAACCAUGACCUUCUGACCUGUAGUGACUGACAGUUUAGAGUAGCUUAGUUUUUUGUGUUUGUAUGUAGGGUUUAUUCUAAUGGAGUAUUCAUCUUAGUUUGAGUGCCACAAGUACGUCUUUCAUCUCCGUCAGCAGCUCAGCUGACAAGCAUCGGUCGAAUACCAGGAAAACAUCUGCAACAAAAUGCUUAGGGAGUCUUUUCCAAGGAUUGCACGUGUUGCCAGAUUGUGGAAAAUUCCCUCCACCCUCUCAGUUUUGUCCAUCAGACGCCAGCAGGACUGCUUCAAGCUGAAAAUUCAAUCAGGGCUUUAUUCUGUGGAGGAGAUCACUGAAAAUAACCCUGAAGUCGCUCCAAAGCAACUUCGCAAGAGGAGAGCAUACAGGGAAGUUCAGGAUCCAUGUUUGCACGAGAUGAAAGCUCCAAGCACAAGCUCACAACAUGCUGUCCUGUGGCAAGAGUUGUGGAACGGCUCCCGGACAGCCUCCGCAGCGAGGCGGCUGCUUCAGGAAGCCACAGAGCGAGAUGAGCUCUAUUUUACUGACUACGUUCCACCUGCCAGAGAUGCCAUAGCCGUCCCCAAAUACAUCAUCUACAUCAUCCUCGGGGUGGUGGUGGUGGUUGUGGGCAUGUACGGCAUCACCGGCCACCUCAUUAAAGAUCUGUUCCAUGAUCUGGCAGACUGGCUUCUUGGAGCCAACCCAGAGGAGGAGGCUGUGGAGGAGGAGCUGCAGGAGUCAACUGGAGUGCAGGACAGACAGGGAGAGAGAAGAGUCAGAUGGGGAAGGAGGAGCACAGAGAUGGCAGAGGAGAAAAGAACAAUAUUACCUGGAUUCCCACUCUCUUUAACGACCUAAUGGCACCCCUAAUGGUUCUCUCUCCAGUACACUAGAGAAACUCCACUUAGAGCACAACACAAAUACCCAUCAGCUGUUUACAGAUCAGAUCCUUGUUUCUCAGUCUCUCUGCUCUAAUUCCCCUCACUGUGAACACUUAAACUAGUCAGCCUUCAAAUUAAACCCACCAGCUCAUGUAUUCUGAGUAGUACCAGCACGAAGCCUAGAUUACUGUCAGAUUGUCUACCCAGAAUUAUUUUUGUACUUUCUUGUUUUCCUAUGACUUAAUCUUACUUCCUUCUAACUUAGUAUGCAGUGAAAUAAUGUACUUUGUGAAAUCAUAUACAAAUAUUAUUGUGUUGGUCAGUAUAAAUGUGAUUCCAGCACAAGUGUUAGUCCUUUUCAUUGUAUUGCAUGUGUUAAAGUGAUUCCCUCUGUAAUAAAUGGGGAAAGCAUGCAUGUGA